GAACCUGUCCCGUGUAAAAGCGUUCAAACUGUACACAGUCGUCCGGUCAGUGUCGUUUCAAAUGAUGUACCGGUCAGUGCGUUGGAGUAUUUGCUCUUGGCUGUUUUGAUCUCUACUUCAAUCAUGAAUAUCUCACUCUUAAGAGUGGUGUUUCAAAAUCCUCCAGGCUGACUGUCCCACCCAUUAAAGGGCGGUUCAGAAUGAGCGAAUCGUUUUCCAGUAACACUGUUUGAGCUGCCCGGAAAGCUAACGUUAGUUGUAGACAACUGGCAUCCCGUAAUCAGCGGUAAACAGCGACCCGUUGAUUUAAUUUUGUAUUUAGUCACGGUGCUUUCAAAACCAGCUCCCCGGCGCAUGAACAGCAAGAGGAGGGGAUUUUACUCAAACGUUCAGUGAGGAAGAUCCAUCCACUGAUACUGCUAAUAUCUGUCUAGUGACGUCACCUCUGGAGCAGUUCUAGUCGAGUAGAGAUGGAAGGAGACGACUGCAGUUUUCUUCCAGAUUCAUCGGAUGAUCACUCGCAAAGAGGAAGUGUUGCUUCUUCUGCAACACUUUCCCGUGCUCAAGAUGUGCUUGUUUACAUCUGUGGUGACAGCGCAGUGCACUUAUCAGUAGAAGGGCUUGGCAGUGUGUCUGUGCAGGAGUUGGCCCGCAGUGUUCGCGAGGCUCUCCAUAUUCCUGAGUCUGUACAGGAUGUUUUUGCCUUCUGGCUUUCUUCUCCACUGCUUGAAUUGCAGUUGAAGGCAAGGCAUCAACCAUACAAACUGUGUCGGCAGUGGCAGGACUUGCUGUAUCGCUUCACUGAGGCCUCAGAGGAAGACAUCUCACAAGAUGAACCAUGUCUCCAGUACCGUCGGAACGUCUUUUAUCCUAAAUCUAAAGAGCUGCAGAUCAAUGACGAGGGUGUGCUGAGGCUUCUGUACGAGGAGGCCAGGGGCAACAUUCUCUCGGGUCGAUACCCCUGCGACCCCGAGCACUGGACGGGUCUCGGAGCCUUGUCUCUUGCUCUCCAUGAGGGAACUGGUCUGGACGGGCAACAAUGUAGUACUACGAUAAGAAAGAAGAAGCUGUCUUCUUAUCUGCCUGCACACGUUGCCAUGGGGAGUGGAGGUUUGCUCUCCACUCUGAGAGGGAAGUCGAGCCGUCAGACGGGGCUGGAGCACAACCUGAUGGAGGAGUACAGAAAGAUCAGCACACCUGCUGGAAGUGCUGCUGAGCCCACGCAGCUCCUACACCAGUACCUCAACACAUGUCACGCUCUGCCUUACUACGGGUGCGCUUUCUUCUUCGGGGAGAUCGACAAACCAGGGCAGGGGAUUCUCCAAAGGGUCAAACGCAAAGCUGUCAACGUCGGGAUCUGCCUGGAGGGAGUUUAUGUGAUGGAUGUCAAAGAGAAGCACGUGCUGCUCGGCCUGCAUUUCAAUGAGCUCUCCUGGGACCACAGCUACCCGGAGGAGCAGGGCGACUCGCACAUCCUGUGGCUGGAGUUCGAUGGGGAUGAAGACGGCACUCCUGUCAACAAGUUGCUCAAGAUCUACUCAAAACAGGCCGAGCUGAUGAGUGGAUUCAUUGAGUUCUGUGUGGAGCUGAAGUCUGCGUCUGAGGGAGGAGCUGCAGCGGAAAUGGACGGUGAGUUGUCCCAGCAGCCUGCAGGGCAGGACGUCAGCAACAAGAACGGACGCGGAGGACGGCGCGGGAUGCUGCGCAGGCAGAGCAGUGUCGUGUGCAGUCGGGUCCAUUCACUUAACACCAUCAGCUACGUGGACAACGGAAAAGAAAUCAAGCGCUUGAAGCCAAAAAGAGCCGCGUCCUUCUUCACCCGACAGGUGUCUGCGCCCGCAUACUCGGCCGUGCAGGUGACGGAGAGUCUGGAGCAGGGUUAAACUCGCUGGUCAGCUCCGCCCCGUGCCUCUCAAAGACCAAAUAUGAACACUGUACACUGAGAUUUUAAGAAAAAAAAGACUCGACCCAAGUUCGAGACAUUUAACUGAUAAUAUAUGAACGUGCAAAGGACCAAGCGAGGGAUCCAAGUGUGAGUGACAAUAUUUAUCUUUUGAAGUUGUGUGUGUAUAUUAAGAGAGUACAGUAUAUGUGAAAAGCGAAAUGAUCUGAACUUGUACGCCUCCGAGGUUAAACUGAAGUGGCUGUUCAUUAGAUGGCCUCGCAUAAAAGGACCUCCUUCAUGCGUCUGAGACGAGCCUUACAGAAAUCCAUAGACGACCACGCCAAUUGAUGAGUGUAUGAUAUCUCAUGACGGUUCGUACCUUUCUGCAGCACUCUGGAGCUGGUCUUAUUCAAAAAUGUUAAACCUCAUUAGCUCUUUUUUACUCGCAUCGAGACCAAUAUAUCCCCAUCUAACAAACACUUUGUAAGAGUAACCGCAAACUCUUUACCGUCAGCAUGACAAACGCUUUCAGGGGACGACCUUAAGGGCGGGUGCCCGCUCUUCUGCUUUUUCAAACUGCCCGUGCCUUGUUCUCGUCAAAGGGUGAAGACACUGAAGAAGAUCCCCAGUAGAAAGGAAACGAGGGUCGGUGUUGGUGAUCUUAAGGAGUCCGUAUGGGUGACCAUUAUCUGUGUUGUGGACAUUUCUUGUAAGUACACGCUUUUAAGAGAUAAUUCAUGUUCGAGGAUAUUUGCGGCUGGUUAUCGUGGAGAGAAAGUGCAGGUGGGACUUCGCGCUUUUGAAAACGUAAUUCCGCUGUGAUUUAUUUUCUAUUCGUAGAAGCGUGAAUGUACAGGAUAACAUUUUACGGCAUCCAGUCGUAGAGGCUACAAUUCCGCAUUCACAGUAUCAAGUCGUCACUGGAAAGCAGGAAUUUAUUUGCACCAAUAAACGAGUCAAAUUGGAGUCAAGAACAGUACAGCUAGUAAGAUGAAUGGAUUGAAAGCUCUCGUGGAGCAGUUUUUAGAUCACACCAGGCUCUUAUUUCUGCUACUCGAUGGUUCACAUGUUCAAAGUUUAACUCCCAACUGGAAACAAGUGACAUCAAUGCGCAGGUCUUGACUUUAAUUUGCUUGGUCGGACCUGAUAAACAAAGUAAAGCUGAUGCAAUACUCUAGUUGGUCAACUUCUGACACGAGAGGGACAAGGAAACGGACCCUUCCUGUGAAGCCGUUAUCAGCACGACUUUCACCGACUGACUCAAAAUUCAAACUACUAAGUUUUGGUUAGCCAUAAGAAAUUGUUUUGUUCCUUGCAAACGCACUCAUGGUUGACAUUAUUUAAGGAACACUAUCUUUGUAGAAAAGUGUUGUUGGCGGCUGUUUUCAGCAUUUCUUUUGAAAUGGGGGAUUUAGUUUAAAAACAAGACCCUUUUCUCAACUGUUAAGGUACAUUACUGCUUCAGUUUAUCUGAAAAAUAGAAAGAAAUCUCUAAUUUCUGGUCCAGAGCUUCACCAGACCAGACUACGUGCUCCGUGCGCACGACACAGACCAACUGACAAAGACGUUUUGACUAUUCUGUCAAAACCUCAGUCUGUACACCAAGGCGAGCCGUCUAGCUGCAUUGCAGUUUGUUACCUAGCGCUCCAGAGAAGGACCUCAGCGUCCACCUCGAUGCAGCAGAUCCUGUCUUCGCUGCACAGUUAACAGACAAGUUCACCGCUCUAAUGGCCAUUUCUACAUCUGCCUUCCACUGAUUUGAGAUGCGGAGGCGUCGCAUAUUCUUCCUGAGCAUGCAAACCGCAGAAUAUUUUUACUUUUCUACGCUUGGACUCGAUAUGUCAGCAAACUGCAGCAGUCCAAUAUAUUGUUGCUAACUUAACACUAUGCAUGUCACAAUGUAGAAUAGGCAUUCCACAUCAGACUACACAUCAAGUGAUACUGAACUAUUGAUGCUGAUGCACUGUUUAUGAACCUGUUUUUGUAUUGUUUGUUCAUGUUCAUGAGAGAAUAUUUUGUAUUUCAUUUUCAAAUACUCGUUUGUUUGUACACGACAAUGAAAUGAAGAAGUGGGGUGAUUGAAAGUGUUAUCUUCCCAUGCGAUCACUUUGCAGAAGCAUCAAGUGCCUUUUUGUUUGUACUGAGUUGGCAUCAGAACCAAGAAUGGAAGGCUUUUAUUAUUACCGUGGUCUGAGGGGGAGAAAAAGUAUUUGUUUUUGUAAUAUAUUUCCCACAUUUUCAGACCGUGCGUUUCAUUCUCCCGAGCUGAUGUGCAUAUGUUGAUAAACUGGAUACUACAAUGGGCUUUGUGGUUCCUCUCAAUGGAGUGGUCCGUCUGCCUUCAUUAAAACAUGUCUGUCUUUUAAAAAAAAUAAACUGAUGUAAAGUGGGCCUAUUUCUCUACAAAUACAUGUUAAAGUGCGUUUAAUACUUACAGCCUAAACGUACCGAUGCCAUACACUGUUACUUUGUGUGAUCAUUUUUUUAAAUGUUUUGUAUCUCCUAUACGUUUUGACCCGUUCUGCAGCAAUGUCUGCCUGAUGGGAGAGAAAGUCAUGCUCAGAAAUCCCCCGACUGUGACUGACUGAGUGUGUGUGUGUGUGUGUAUGGAGAUAUAUGGUUGCACAGUUUUGGCCCAAAAUAUUUCUCAGUAAAAUACAGAGGAACUAGUUUGCGCUUCACCUGCCCGGGGGAUUAUUCAGUUUCAAUUUGGAUCUCUUAGUUCCUGGUUGGAAACAUUUAGUCCCGCCCCCAUAGUGAUCACUCUCCAACCCAUCAAGACGUAAUAUUGAGCCAGUCGGUGAAAGGAGACGUAUCAUCUUUUCUUAACAUUUAGCCAAUGACUUUCUCCUGCAACCCUUUUUACAUUGCCAUGUUUUCUGAUCGGAUUCUCACUAUCUUUUCUUUUUAUUACUGUUUUCUUUUUUACAUCAAAAGCAUCAACUGUCCUGUAACAUUUCAACUAGGUUGUUACAUUUGGAUAUUGGUUGUAUAUUCUUUAGGAAUUUAAGAGAGAUUUAACUGAUUAUGGAAAUGGUUUAACGUGCACCUACAACUUAUUUAAUUGCAGAUAAAUAAUUAAUAAUAACAAAUGCCCGAAGUGAAUCGAGAUUAUUUCCCUAUUAAUAAUGAAUUGUCCCUGAUGCAUUAUAUAGAUAUUUUGUUAGAUUUGAAAUCUUUGACCAAUAAAUGGAAAUAGUUUUCAAACAAAA